AUGGACGCACUCAACAGCAUUGUUCUUAGCCCGCAUUACCACGACAUCCUGUCUCUUGUAAAGGGCUUUCGAAAUGGUGUCGUUUACGGAACCAAAAUUCGGUUCCCACAUGCGCUCGUAAUGACCCUGCUUUUCCGGACCGGCAGCCCCCAGGACAAGAUCAAGGCGGUCUUAAAGGCGACCAAGGCGCACGCGCGCGGGUUGGCAUUUUUUGUCACAUCGUACAAGUCGCUCAUGCUUCUGCAGCGGCACUUGUCAUCAAGCGGCAAGAACACAGACCUGCACACAUUCAUCGCCGGCUUUGUUGGCGGGUACUUUGUCUUUGGGGAGAAGACUAGCGUCAACCAGCAAAUCAUUCUGUACCUAUUUUCGCGCAUUGCGAUGGGGCUUGUCAACACAGCGAUGAAGGCUGGCAGCUUUGAGGCGCCUCCAAAUUCGUUUGCUCUGUUUGCCGCCGUUUGCUGGGGACUAGUAAUGGUGCUUUUUCGCAGGGACAAGUCAAUGCUCCAGGACUCUCUGAAGAACUCCAUGACGUACCUGUACGAGGACUCCGACCACUGGUCGUCACUGAAGACGCUUUUGUGGCACAACAAAUAA